ACAGUUAUGGCAAUAAUCAACUAGUGGCAGCACUGAUAGUAGAGUUGCUCUUUAAGAAGUGGAAGAAUCGCUAGAUAACACAAGGUAGAAGAAGAGGUGUGGAGGAGAAAGCCUGUGUCAGGGACAAAGCAAAGCCAAAAAAAAAGGAAAAACCAUAUAGAGUUCUUAAAACAUGGGUGUACCAAAAUUCUUCCGUUACAUCAGUGAGCGGUAUCCGUGCUUGUCGGAGUUGGCCCGAGAGCAUUGUAUACCUGAAUUUGAUAAUCUGUACCUUGAUAUGAACGGUAUAGUCCAUAAUUGCUCCCAUCCGGAUGAUGCUAAUAUCCAUUUCCACCUUGAGGAGGAUCAAAUUUUUCAGGAUAUUUUUAACUAUGUGGAGAAGCUAUUCCAUCUGAUCAAGCCGCAGAAGCUGUUCUUUUUGUCCGUCGACGGAGUGGCUCCACGUGCCAAAAUGAAUCAGCAGCGUAGUCGUAGGUUUCGAACCGCCCGCGAAGCGGAACAGCUUGAGACCAAGGCCUCGCAAAGGGGCGAGAAGCGUCAGCACGAACGUUUCGAUUCAAAUUGCAUUACGCCUGGAACGGUGUUUAUGGAGCGCCUGCAGCUGGCCUUACGUUCAUUUCUGCGCACCAAAAUCUCGUUGGAUCCUCUAUGGCAAAAGUGCAGGGUUAUCCUCAGCGGCGAAGAGACGCCCGGAGAAGGAGAGCAUAAAAUCAUGGAUUACAUACGCUACUUAAAGUCGCAGCCAAAUUUCGAUCCCAACACCCGUCACUGUCUAUAUGGUUUAGAUGCUGAUCUGAUCAUUUUGGGACUCUGCACACACGAAUUGCAUUUCGUUGUUUUGCGCGAGGAAGUGAAAUUCGGAAGGAAUGUUAAACGGGCCACCCUUGAGGAGACACGAUUCUAUCUUCUCCAUUUGGGCCUAUUGCGAGAGUAUUUGGAAUUGGAGUUCAAUGAAUUGUCGACGAAGGAAAAGAAAUUGGAUGUAGCUCAGUUAAUCGACGAUUGGGUCCUAAUGGGAUUUAUGGUCGGCAAUGAUUUCAUUCCAAAUUUACCCUGUUUGCACAUCUCUUCAAAUGCCCUACCAUUGCUGUAUAAGACUUACAUUCAGGUUUAUCCUCAAUUGGGCGGCAAUAUUAACGAGCGUGGCAAAUUAAAUUUGCGGCGAUUGCAAAUCUUUAUGACCGCCUUGUCCGAGGUGGAGCUGCAGCAGUUUGAGGACCAUUUCGAUGAUCUCAAGUAUAUGAAUGCUAAAACAGAAGCAUUUGAUGUCGACGUCAGUGAGAUUCAGAGUGCCAGUGCCAAUGGAGAGAGUUUUAAUUCCGAUUUGGUUGCAUUGAUUGAUAAUAGUAUGAAGCUCUAUGACUACGAUAGCGAUGACGAGGAGCACUUUGAGGAUUUGACUGAUGAGGCAUCAUCCUUGCGACACGAAUUCCAAAACUAUAAACGCAACUAUUAUAGGAACAAGUUCAAGCGUGAAAUGAAGGGUGAUCUAGUCGAAGAGCUAACACAUCAUUAUAUCACUGCACUGCAAUGGAUUCUAGAUUAUUAUUAUCGUGGUGUACAGUCCUGGGAUUGGUAUUAUCCCUUUCAUUAUGCACCAUUUAUAAGUGAUCUCAAAAAUAUCGAAAACGUGAAAAUCCAUUUUCAAUUGGGCAGACCAUUUCUACCCUUCCAGCAGCUUCUAGCUGUCUUGCCAGCGGCUAGUUCCAAGCUUUUGCCAAUAGCCUAUCAUGAUCUGAUGUUGAAUCCGGACAGCGCACUAGCCGAAUUUUAUCCCACUGAAUUUGAAAGCGACUUAAAUGGCAAGAAACAUGAUUGGGAAGCAGUCGUUCUGAUACCUUUUAUAGACGAGCGACGUCUUCUCGAGGCUAUGAGGCCCUGCGAGAAUUGUUUAACCACAGCCGAGCGAUCAAGAAAUCAGCAUGGCCCCAUGUAUCAAUAUGACUUUAGCGAACAGUCUGUGGGCUCAAUGCCAUCUCUGGGUCCCAUCAAAGCCCUGCAACAUGUCUUUUGCACGGAGACCGCAAGGUGGGCGAAAGAGAUCGCUCUGAAUCUGCCAGAGAGCGUCUGUGUGGAGCUGCCAAAUAAGGCAAGGCAUGUCUUCUUUCCUGGAUUCCCCACCAUGAAGCAUUUGCCGUUUAAUUUUGAGCUUCGCAAUGAUCGCGUGAAAGUGUUCGAGCAAGUUAGCCGCAAUCAGAAUAUGGUAUUAAUGCCAUUGAAGCGCACCUUGGAGGACACCUUGACUGCAGUCGCUGGACAGUAUUUGGAGCAGGUGGUUCACAUUGGCUGGCCGCAUCUGAUCAAGGCCAAGGUGGUGAGGGUCGCUACAAGAGAUGAGCGUGUAGAUGAAAACGGUUUAUCAGCGAAUGAUUCACGACGAUUUGAUUCGGAAGGCAAAUCACUGCAGGAACAUUUCUCCACUCGCAUGGGCAUCAAAUUUGAUAACUACGAUGUCUUGGUCUAUGUACGCACCUACGCUGGAAGCUCCGUUGAAUUUGGCAAGAAUUGCUCAGUUUAUACGAAAGAUGCCUGGAGCAGUACUGUCACUGGGUAUCCAGCCCAAGGAUUAGUUGCGAAUCUGGCCGUACACGAGAAUAUGAAGAAUCAGUUCCGGAAGAUUGAGGAACUCUUUCCAGUUGGCAGCCAAGUGUUUUUCAUAGGCAAUCCAUAUUAUGGCAGUGAGGGAACUGUCCUUGAUCCCCUUUUGGUUUAUUCCUGCGGUCGGGUGCAAGUCAAUAUACGUGUACACCCAGAACCAGAUCUUCAGGCAGCUCGUUUGCUACAAGAAGAGCGGGAAAAUGACUACAUUAACUCCUAUGAGGCUUGCCGGUAUCUAAACAUCAAUAGCAAGGCUUUGGGUCGUCUUACGGGCACAGUUUGGGUUGUCCUUGGACCGCGUCGUGAGAAAAUGGAAAAUGUUGCCAAACACAAUAUUGGUCUCCAACUGAAGUAUCCACGGCAAAAUGAAGAGCGGGCCGGCUACUGUCAGCGUUUAAAUAAUCAAUGGUUCUUCUCGACUCUGGCUCUAGAGCUAAUGCAGACCUACUGCGAUCUGUACCCCAACGUAGUGGCCUAUUUCUCCAUUGCCAAUGAUCGCAACGAGUUCAUCUACGAGGAGGAUAUAUACCCAGAUGCCGUGGGUCAACAUAAUAUUGAGGAUCUGGCCAAUUGGAUUCGCCAGCAGCCGCAUAUGAAAGUGGAGCGCAAUACCUGUGGCUCCAAGACUGUUUGCAAGGAAACAGUGGAGCUUCUGCUAACGACCGUCGAUGAGUUACGAUCACUGCCCGUGAAAGAUGUGAAGCUGCAAGUCAAGCCUCAUUUGUUAAUUAAACCGAAUGUCACUCUACCCGAAGUAUACAGAGCGCGUCGAACCGUGCGACUGUUUGAUCGUGUCAUUGUAGUGCGCACAAUUUACAUGGUGCCCCUGGGCGCGAAGGGCACUGUGAUUGGCAUACACCUGGUAAGCGAUCCGAAUCCUGUGCGGUUGGAGUGUGUCAAUUCCGUCGAAACAUUCUGUGAUAUUCUGUUCGACAAAACGGUACCCAACUGCAAUGACAUACACGGUAUAGCCGAGGAGCGGGUCUACAGGGUGCCCGAGAGUGCUCUCGUCGUGAUAUUUACUUCGAAUGACGGAAAGGCACAGAAAUCGCAACCGCUGCAGCAAAGGCAACAGGAUACGGUCCAGAAACCACAACAGCAUCAAGCCCAAGCUGGCAGCUCCAACAGACGGUACAUCACUGCUGCUGGCACCAAAACGAAUCAGAUAACGAUGAAGACAGAUAUAGCCGAUGAGUUCGUUAAGCCAGUGGACAACAACGCAGGGCCCGGAGUUGGUGCCAAUUGGCGAGACGAAGCCAAAGAUACUCAGCGCCGACAACAGCAGUUAAAGCAACACAAGGAUGUUCCAAAGCCAGAUCGGACAUCGGGACUGGGACCGGGACCGGGACCGGAUAAUAGGGCCAAAAGUCGCGGCAAGAAUGUAGGUGCUCCUCAGGAUCAAUCUUUGCAGUCCACAUCUUCACCAAACAGCGGUGCCAACUGGCGAGAAAAGGCCAAAGAAACUCCUUCGUCACAGGAUCAAACGUCCACAUCGCCACCAAGGACUACUGCCGCCAACUGGCGUGAACAGGGUAAAAGUAAUCAGCGUCAACAAGAAACGCAACAUUAUAAAGAUGGUGGAAAGACACCAAAUCGCCAGCAAGGCGGCUCCAAUGAUGGGGGUAAUUCUCAAGAUCAAACUUUGGCUCUAAAGAACCUCUUGGGUAUACAGAAGUUUGAUCAAAAGCCAACAGCACCUCACCAGUCAUCUCUACCCUUACCUUCGAUGGCACAACAAAUGCCUAAAUUACCAAAGCCUCCGCUAUUUUGGCAGCAGGAGGCUCAGGCUGAACGCAUUCAGAGUCAAGAAUGGUAUCGCAAACAACAAGACGAAAAGCCGCCAUUGAUGCAUCAGCAGCAUCCGUUGCAGCCACAACAACCACAACAACAACAGCAACUUCAGUAUCAAACACAACAGCAGCAACAACACCAACACAAACUUCAAUAUCUUCAGAAACAGCAACCGCAACAAUUCUACAGCAACAGCAAUAAUAAUGUUUCCGCUCCGUUCCGUCAAAAUGCAGGAAUGACAAUUUUCAUUGGCAACAACAACUAUCCGGCGUAUCCGCCGCCACAACAACACCAACAACAACAUCACCACCAACAACAUAGGGCACAACAAGUAAAACAAUAUCAGCAGCAUCAGCAGGAUCAGCAAGGAAGCCGGUACUCAUCUAUACAGGAUUUUGUGCCCAUUCAGGCAUAUCGUCCAAAGAAAGGUCAACGCAAAGACGCCGAAAGCAUUGAGUCAACACAAGCACCAGCAAAAGACAGCCGCAAGGAAAAUGAAAAGAGCCAACCAAUCGAACAAGUGGAGCCAGAGCAAGCAAAAUGUUCGACAGCUGAUGAGCAAGUUAGAGCAACAUCAUCGCAAACGAUCACCAAUAAGACAAUGCCCCAACGUAAGCAGCGUGUGCCCCGGAUUGGAGCUAAAUUUGAUUUCGACUAUAUACUCCAUUAAAAAUCACAAAUGUUCAUUCAGGCAGCUUUUUACAAAUUUUAUGAUAUAUAUUCCGAAUAUUUAAAAGAAAUUA